UCUCAAGAUUGGCAAAAUUGCUUCUCUUAAAAUGGCGGACGAUCUACAAAAAGCUGGGUUAUAUUUUGACGAAUUAAGUAAAAUAAGAGUUCUAGAGCCUGAUGUGGCACAAGAAACAAAUAAACUAAAAGAAGAAUGUAGAGACUUCGUGGAAAAGAUUACUGAUUUCCAAAAGAUUGCUGAUGGUUUUAUCUUAAUGACUGCUUCAUUAGCCAAAGAAGUAGAGAAGGAAAAAUUAAAGGCCAUUGGAGCACGCAACCUUCUAAAAUCAGUCGCAAAGCAACGAGAAGCUGAGCAACAGCAGCUUCAGGCACUGAUCACUGAAAAGUCUAUGGAACUAGAAAGACUUGAAAUUCAGUACCAUUCACUGCAGAAAACAGAAGAGGAGCAGAGACAGAUAAUUGAGCACUUGGUCCUACACCGAUGAGCACAGCAACUUGUCAAGUCAUUUCUACAUUAUUAAAGGAUAAUCUCCAAAGAGGCACAGUGGACUAUCAAAAAAAAAAAAAACACCAUAUAUAUGUGAUCCUGUACACUUCCCAUCCACUCCUGUAAUAAGAAAGAAUUUGUUUCUAUGUAAAACUGACAAAUUAUAGUGGCAUUUAUCUUUCUAGUCCCCAUUACAUAACGCAGAUAAAAACUAAAGGGCAGUAAAUACAAACAUGUAAUUACAA